AUGUACUGGCCCAAUACGCGGUGGACAUGGGCCUUCAUGUUGACGGCCAUCUUCCAGGCUGUCGUCGGCCUCGCCCUUGAGUCAUAUGUCUUUGGCAAGUUCCAGGCCAGCAUCCACUUUGCCGCCGAAGUACACUCGGAGACGCGCUCGAUCCCCACCUAUCUCGCCGUCUUCAUGUUCGGCUACAUCUACCAGCUGUUUCUCGUCUGGGACGCUCUACGGAUGAAGAACACCAUUCAGGUCAUUGGCCUCGUCUUGUACAACGUCGGUAUCCUCGUCUAUGCCGGUAUCCAGUACGACCAGAUCAGGGAUGCUGCAGACGUCCUCAACACGAGCCACUUCAUCCCCGAAGGCUUCUGGCAGGACGUCAAGCCCAUGUUGAUUGCCCUGCCCAUUCUCAUGGCCGCCGCCACCGUCGCCUUUGCCUUUGAGGCCUGGAAGCUGUACGACGAGUUUGCGUGGACCAUUUACAAGCGCAUCAGUGCCGACACGCGACUGAAGAAGCGUUACUUGACCUAUCAGAUCUACAUCGCCCUGCUCAAGUUUGACUUCUUCUUCUUCCUCGCCUUUACCGUCCAGUUCCUCGUUGUCGUCGACAACACCAAGACGAUCGAAUUGGCCCUCACCUCGGUCGCCCUCGUCAUCACCUUUUUCCUCCUCUUCGCCGCCGGUUGGUGGGUGCGCCGCGAGUCUUUUACCGGCAUGAUUGCCAUCAUCUUUGUCUACUUCAUCGCACUCGGCUACUUCCUCUUCAAGCUCAUCCGCAUGUACGUGGCCGACCGGAUCCGCCAGGAAGACUACAAGCCCGCCCGCAAGUCGUUGACCGCCUUUGCCGUCCUGACCAUUCUCCUCCUCCUCGUCACCAUCAUCACGGCAUGCUUGUGCACUCACAACUUCAACAAGGGUCUCAAGCCGCAUGUCAACGACAAGACGGUCAAGGCUGACAAGGCCUUCAACGAGAUGCCCUCCCUGAGUGGACCCAACCCAUCGCAACGGAUGGAAAUCGACUAA